UGCUAGGCAGCCGUGUGUCAAGGUUCACAAGAGCUCUCUGCAACAGAAUGAAAACAUAUUAUCUGAAAGUAGAAGCACAGAAACUCUGAGCUUUAGUAAGACAGCCUUGAGCUCUAGAUUUGCAGAAUGGAUUCAAUCAUUUCUAUGUUCAGUUCCUAUCUCAACUGGGAUGUCAAAAGCCUGCUGUUCUUCUCUGUAAUCUUCAUCCUCACUGCCGACUAUUUCAAAAACCGACAGCCAAGCAGCUUCCCUCCAGGACCCCGCGCAUUUCCUAUUGUGGGCAACAUGUUUUCUGUGGAUUUCAAAAGGACCCAUGAGAGCAUGACGAAGUUAGCAGAGAAAUAUGGAAACGUGUACAGCAUGAGAAUGGGCCAGUCAUGGAUGGUGGUGUUGAACGGGUUUGAGGUUCUGAAAGAAGCUCUGGUUACUCAGGGAGACAGCCUGGCAGAUCGCCCGGACCUCCCUCUGUUUGUUGAAAUAUCCAGUGGACUAGGUAUUGUUUUCAGUAAUGGUAACAUAUGGAGGCAGCAGAGGCGUUUUGCACUUUCGACCCUCAAAUAUUUUGGAUUUGGCAAGAAGUCCCUUGAGCCCGUCAUCUUGGAGGAAUUUUCAAAUUGUGCAAAAGACAUCAAAAGCCUCAAUGGAAAGCCAUUCAAUCCACAUCUCCUCAUGAACAAAGCCAUCUCCAACAUAAUUUGUUCCCUGGUUUUUGGUCAUCGCUUCGAGUAUGGUGAUGAGAAAUUUACAAAACUGAUGAGGUGGUUUGACAAAGGUCUCAAGAUUGAAGGCUCCAUCUGGGCACAGCUAUACAACUCGUUCCCUUGGUUGAUGAGACGUUUGCCAGGGCCACAUCAGACCGUUCAGAACAUCUGGGACGAUGUGAAGGACUUCAUAAGAGAAGAGAUUAAAGAACACAAACAGAACUGGGAUCCCUCAGACCCAAAAGACUACAUCGACUGUUUCCUGAACGAGAUUCAGACGGGAUUGUCUGGCAAGGGGCAGGCUGACAGUACUUUUGAUGAGGAAAAUCUGGUUGCAUCUACCUGGGAUCUGUUUCUGGCUGGAUCUGAGACAACCUCAACUACCCUGCGAUGGGCUUUCCUCUUCAUGGCAAAGUAUCCUGAGAUACAGGCAAAGGUCCAGGCUGAGAUAGACAGCGUGAUUGGACAGUCCAGACACCCGUCCAUGGAAGACCGUGCUAACCUGCCCUACACUGACGCCGUCCUACACGAUAUCCAGAGAAUGGGCAACAUAGUCCCUCUUAGCCUGCCUCAUGUUACCAGCAGGGAUAUCCAACUGGGAGACUACACGAUCCCAAAGGGUGUUACAAUAAUCCCCAAUCUGACCUCGGUGAUGUUUGACAAGAAUGAGUGGGAGACGCCCAACACCUUCAACCCAGGACACUUUCUGAACAAGGAGGGAAAGUUUGUGAAGCGAGCUGCUUUCAUCCCUUUCUCGGCCGGUAAGCGGGUGUGUCUCGGGGAGAACCUGGCCAGGAUGGAGCUUUUCCUUUUCUUCACCUCCUUCAUGCAGCACUUCAACUUCUCCAUGCCUGCUGGGGUGAAACCUGUAUUGGACUUUCAUUUUGGCGUGACUUUAGCACCCAUGGAAUAUGAAAUCUGCAUAACCUCACGCUAGGAGUUUCCAUUUGUUUUAACUACUGGAAAAUUACCUUUUGGAUUUCUAUCAAACGCCCAAGAGGACAUUGAUCCACUUUCUAUAACAUGCUUUUUGUUUUGGGAGAUCUGACAUUCUAAGUUCCUGAUUGGAUUAUAGGAUAUAUAUAUUUCUUUUGUAGGAUUACUGAUGAUUUCACAAAUGCAUUUGUAGUUAAGCACAGAGCAAUUCUGUUUGUUAUGGUCCUGGGUGUCAGAUUUUCAUCGUUGUGUUUUUGACUGUUGAUUGGACAAAAUAAACAAUACUACAAAUCUA